CCGGAAUUCGGUGCUGAAGUGUCGUUUAGGUUCCCAGCUAUGUCAGGACGGGACUCAAUGCGUUCCCUACAGCCAUGUGUGCGAUGGAGAAAAAGACUGUGCUGAUGGUUCAGAUGAAGCGGAAUGUGAAAGUCCAACUUCCUCCAGUCCGGGCUUAAAUGAAUCCCCUUCAACAGCCAAGCCCUUUUACAAGCAGUCUUGUCGGAGUCCAACCGUGUUGUGUCCAAAUUCUUUUCUCUGCAUCGCCCCGACACAAAUGUGUGAUGGAACAAAAGACUGUCCUGAUGGAUCAGAUGAAGACUGUGUGAAAAAAUGCCCUUCGAAGACCGACUUUCUUUGCAAGGAUGGUAGGAGCUGCGUCUCCAGCGCUCUCGUGUGCGAUGGCCGAGCUCAUUGCCACGACGGCUCCGAUGAGGUGGAUUGUCGGAGGGUAGUUCCUCGCUUAACGACGGCUCAGGUGCUGAAAUGCCGGAAGGGCACGAGGCUGUGUCAGGAUGGCAAGGGAUGUGUGCUCAACAGCCACAUUUGUGAUGGAGAAAAAGAUUGUCUGGAUGGAUCGGAUGAAGAAGGAUGCCAGAAUACGUGUGCAAAAGGUGAGUUCCAGUGUGCUCACGGAGUGAUGUGCAUCCCCGAGGCUCAAGUCUGUGACGGGCGGGCUCAGUGUAGCGACCGUUCGGAUGAGCUGGACUGCUGGGAACAAACCAAAAGCUGCGAGUUUCGCUGUGCCGACGGCCAUCGCUGCAUCCCAAAGAAAUUCCUGUGCGACGGAGAGCCCGACUGCGUUGACGGCACCGACGAGCUCGGCUGUGAUGCACCAACCACGCCAACAAUUACGUCCAUGUUUCCGAGUACCGCUCCGGUUUGCAUCACCCCUUCAGUUCGAUGCCCGACUUCAUCGUUGUGCAUCGCUCAAAAACAGCUUUGCGACGGGAAACCGGACUGUCCAGAUUCUUUUGAUGAGAGCGACUGCGUUUUCAAGUGCAAAAGCCGGAGGGAAUUCUUGUGCAACGAUCGGCGAAAGUGCAUCCCCAGGAUGUACGUGUGCGACGGUCGUGCCCACUGUGCCGACUCCUCCGAUGAAAAGAAGUGCAAGUCCCCCGAUGGCGGUUCACCGUCCUCCAGGGACAAGGCGGGUCCCCUCAAAUGCCGAAACGGCUUCCAGGCGUGUAGAGACGGUCUGGGGUGCGUCAUCUACAACCACGUGUGCGACGGAGAGAAGGAUUGUCAGGAUGGAUCGGACGAAGAGGGUUGCGCUGCUGAAUGCAAAGCGGAUGAGUUUCAGUGCCAUCACGGUCACCGAUGCGUCCGAACUGAUCAGGUGUGCGACGGACAGUACGACUGUCAAGACCGCUCCGAUGAAAUCAGCUGCGAAAGUCAAGUGUCGGGCUGCCAUCACCGUUGCGAUAACUCAACGCGAUGCAUACCGGCGAGCUUCUUGUGUGACGGCGAACGAGACUGUGCUGAUGGUUCGGAUGAAGACAAGUGCGGUUUGAAGUUCUGCGACGUGGAGCAGUUCCGCUGCACCAGCGGUCAGUGCGUGUCGGUGGCCCUUCGAUGCGACGGCUACGCGGACUGUAGCGACCGCUCGGACGAGGCGGACUGCGCCAGACCGCCGCGCUGCCCGGCCGAGCUGCGAUGCCCUCACAGUCACGAAUGUCUGCAGAGUGAAUGGCUGUGUGACGGGGAGGAAGACUGCAAGGACGGCUCGGAUGAAAAAAACUGUGAGACAAAGCCACCGCCGUGUCGGGCGUACCAGUGGCAGUGUGGAAGCAGCAGCCAAUGCAUCCCCGUGUCCUGGAGAUGCGACGGGAAGGCCGACUGUCACAAUGGCGUGGAUGAGGACAAAUGCAAACCGAGAAACUGCCCCUCCCACCUUUACCGGUGCGGCAGCGGCGAGUGCGUUGAUCCGCGACUGGCGUGCAACGGCUUGAUCAACUGUGCCGACAGCUCGGACGAGGGCGUGGGAUGCAUGUUGCGCAACUGCUCCAGCCCUUCACUCCCUCAUUGUGAUCAUAGCUGUGUCAGCACUCCAAAUGGACCGAGGUGUUACUGCACAGCAGGUUUCACGCUACAUUCCGACGCAGUCUCCUGCGUGGACACCAACGAAUGCAAUCUGAUGCCUCACGAAGCAUGUAAACACACCUGCCUCAACACUCGUGGGUCCUACGUGUGCCGGUGCCACCCCGGCUUCUACCUGGAGCCAGACAACAAAAGCUGCAAGACCAAAGAUGAGCCACUGCUCGUGGCAUCCGUCCAGGCAGAGCUUUUGCUUCUUGGAGUUCAAAGCGGCUCUUUGCGUCUUCUGACCUCUGCCAACCAGCCGGUCUUUUCGUUGGACUACCACUGGGCUCAGCAGAGGGUUUACUGGCUCAGUCCGGACUACCAGAGCAUCCGCUGGGCUGACAUGACAAAAGACUCCAGCAGUAAAGGGACACUUAUCAAAGGGGUCAAGUCGGAUUUCAUUGCGGUGGACUGGGUAGGUAAGAACCUGUACUGGGUGGACGGACUCGUAGGCCAAAUUCGGGCGGUGCGCCUCAGUGACACCACGUUGAAGUCUCAAGAUUACACGGUGGUGCUGGCUGAAGAUCUUGAGCUGCCUCGCUCGCUGGUGCUGAUCCCGCACAAAGGGUUGAUGAUGUGGUCCGAGAUCGGCAGCACCCCUCAGAUCCAGCGCUCGGGCAUGGAUGGUUCCAAGAAGAAGGUGGUGGUGAGCAGCAGCUUGACCUGGCCUGUAAGUUUGGCUUACGAUUUCCUGGACGAGCGCAUUUACUGGGCCGACGAGAAGCUACGCUGCAUCGGAUCGGCUUCUCUGGAUGGAGAUGAUGUCAAGAUUCUCCAGCUGGCUGAAACUCCGAGCCCCUUCUCAGUGGCCGUGUUCAAUGAUCGGAUUUUCUGGUCCGACACCAAGCGGAGAACCAUCCGCUCAGCUGAUAAGAACACAGGGAAAGACCAGAAGGUUCUUCUCAAAAGACCAGGGCAGCCUUUUGGGCUGAAGCUGAUGCAUCCCCUUUCCCAGCCCGCCAUAUCCAACCCCUGCGACCAGCUGAGGUGCUCCCACAUGUGCCUCCUCACAACCGGCGCAUCCGAGAUGCAGCCGGCAGCAGUUUGCCGCUGUCCAAAGGGGCUGAUACUCUCCAAGGACAAGAUCACCUGCUCGCUACCGUUGGAUUCGUCCUUCAUCCUGCUUCUGUCUUCUACAACAGUCUAUCAGGUUUACUUUAAGUCCUUGCGUCAAGAUGGCGUCGGUCUGAAAAGUAUGCCAAACAGCCGAGUGUUGCUCAUUCCUGGAGUUGUUGAGGCCACCGGACUGGAUCUGGCUCUCCAAGCUUUGUCCUUGUUUGUGGCUGAUGGUAAACAAGGUACUGUCGAUAUGCUGAACUUAAGCGGGCCCAGAUCCAGACAGGCACUGACACUAGCUGGUCGGCUUGUACAACUGAAGGAUGAUUUCGUCAUGGCGCUGGCGGUUGACUGGGUGACCUCCAACGUCUACUGGAGCAGCAUCGGCCGACCUAACCUCCACGUGACGAGCAGCCCUGAAGGCUACACCACCUCGCUGCUGCAGGGAAGCGUUAAGCGCACAACCUCCAUUGCAGUGCAUCCCCCCUCGAGUCAACUUUGCUACACGGCCCACGUGGGCAGUAAGAGCCAGGCUGAAGUGAGCUGCGCGUGGAUGGAUGGUCGACGCAAAACGGUGCUUUGGACAAAGUCUUCCAGCCCCCUGUCAGUGGUCUUUUCCAAGAAUGGAACUUCAAUCUACUGGGUUGACACAGUUGAAGGCCUCAUCUGCUCUAUUGGACUGGAUGGCUCCGGCUACAAACAAUACAAAGCAGGGCCAGGUUUAGUUACCUCCAUCACGUACAUUGAGAAUAUGCUCCUCUGGAUAACACUGGAAAAGGAGGUCACCAAAAUGUGGUUCAGCGACAGCCACCAUCCCAAACAACUUUGGUUUGAGACAAAAAGCAGCCUGGUGGAAAUCCGAGCGUACAGUCAGGACAGCCAGACAGGAUCCAAUAAGUGCGCCGUCAACAACGGGGAAUGCAAGCAUAUAUGCUUGCCUUACCCCGGAGGUCGCGUGUGCAAAUGUGCACGUGGUUUUUACAGCAACGGUCCCACAUCCUGCGCACCAGAGCACCCGUGCCCCAAAGGGGAGCAAGCUUGUCUUGAUGCUAGCAAGUGUAUCAACAGCAGCAACUUCUGUGACGGACGUGUGGACUGUCCGGACCAGUCGGACGAACAAGACUGUCCACAAACGUCUGAUCAACUUCCCAAGCCUCCCGUGGAACCUCCUCGGAACUCCAAGGACACGUCCUCGUGUAGUCAACAACAUUGCAGCGGCCAUGGCAGCUGCGUCACUCAAGGCAAAAUAAUUUCCUGUCAAUGCACGACUGGCUACCGAGGGACGUUUUGUCAAGAGAAGGAAAGCCGGCGAAGCCACGUCAGCGUGAUCCUGGUGGUCUUCUGCCUGCUUGUUGUCCUCUUGGGUGUCUCUCUUCUUAUUGCGAAAAGGAAGGGCUGGCUAUCAAUCGGAGGCAAAUCGCCAGACAAGGAAACGUUGAUGUCAAACAUGGUGCUGCAAAGUGACUAUGCGGAUGAUGACUGUGAGGUAUUCGAGUCCCCAGCCGACUUGAAGAACCCCCCAGUAGCUUCCUAGCGGUCAUUUUCUGGAAACUGUUAUUGCAUCUGUGAUGUUUGUUUUACAUGGCAAUACUUAGCUAAACACUAACCCGGUGCUAAAACUGAUAACCCUUUUGUAGAAUAAAAACGAAGAUUGAAACAGCAUUCGAUAUCCUUGAGUUACUGUCUGACGAAUGGAAUGAGCG